UUAUUUGUACUGUCGAAACUUUCGUGGCUUCUACUUGGAAUACCAGAAACCAGUCAUCAAACAUGGCUCUGCUCCAAUCUCCUGCGAUUUCUUCAUCUUCGUCGUCUUUCUUUCGAUCUUUUCCCAACAACGAACUAAAUUCGAAGCUCAUUGGACCAAAAUCGAGAAAUCUUUAUGCGAAUGUCAACCCCACAAAGUCUUACCCAAGUUUCAAAGCUUCGUGGCAAGAGCUCGCCGGCGUUUUGAUAUUCUCGGCGAUUCCUUUCACCGCCGUGAAAGCCAUCGCCAACAGUCCACUCGGAGAGGCGCUUCAAAGGCGAAUGGAGGAGAACAAGAAGGCUGAGGUGGCCAAUUCGUCUAAGUUGAAGGCACUAGCUGAAAAAGCAAGAAAGGAGAGUUUGUGGUAUGGUGCGGGGCGUCCUCGCUGGCUUGGUCCAAUCCCAUAUGACUAUCCUGCAUAUCUUACCGGAGAAUUACCAGGGGAUUAUGGCUUUGAUGUUGCAGGACUGAGCAAGGAUCCUGUGGCUUUCCAGAAAUACUUCAACUUUGAAGUAUUGCAUGCUCGAUGGGCUAUGCUUGCGGCCCUUGGUGCUCUGAUUCCCGAACUACUUGAAAUAUUAGGAGUCUUUCAUUUUGUUGAACCUGUCUGGUGGCGAGUUGGCUAUUCAAAGCUUAAGGGAGAUACACUUGACUACCUUGGCAUCCCAGGACUCCACUUGGCUGGAAGUCAAGGAGUGGUUGUCAUAGCUAUCUGCCAAGCCAUUCUGAUGGUUGGACCAGAAUAUGCAAGAUAUUGUGGUAUUGAGGCUCUGGAGCCUUUAGGAAUAUACUUGCCUGGUGACAUUAAUUAUCCUGGAGGUGCACUUUUUGAUCCCUUGAAUCUCUCGAAGGACCCUGUGGCUUUCGAGGAGCUGAAGGUGAAAGAGAUAAAAAAUGGGCGUUUAGCCAUGAUUGCCUGGUUAGGAUUUUAUACCCAAGCUGCUCUAACAGGUAAAGGGCCUGUACAAAACCUACUCGAGCACAUCUCAGAUCCCGUCCAUAAUAAUCUGCUUUCAAUCCUCAAGUCGAUGUAAUAUAUCUUUUGAACUGAACACAUCUGUAACUAAUAGCUGUCUUUCAAGUGACAUCAUGUCCAACCAUGUGAAAAACGAUUAUUCAUUGUAGUUAUAAUUUUCUUAAUAUAAAAUUACAUACGUAAUCAAUUAUUUGGAUUUC